CUCAAGCGUUUAGGCCUAGUUGGUACAAGUACAAGUCGUCAUGCUCGAACUGAGUUACCUGAAAGUUUACGGCUCCGUGAUGUUACUAUAUGUCUCCAAACAGUAAGACUUUUGUGGUAGACCUAACUGUUUUAAUGACUGCAAGAUAUAUUUCAAUCGAGCUGUAUAAAAUUAAAAAUUUUUGAUAAACAAUGACAGCUGUUAUGAGGUUACCUCCGCUUCCAACUCUGAGGGAGGUCAUUCGACUCUACGGACUCAGGGCUGAGAAACAACUGUCCCAGAACUUUUUGAUGGAUCUCAAAUUGACAAAUAAAUUUGUUAGACAAGCUGGAAAGCUGACAGGUAGCCACGUGUGUGAGGUUGGGCCAGGUCCAGGAGCAAUAACAAGAUCCAUUCUGCAAGCAGGAGUAAAGAACUUGGUGGUGGUUGAGAAAGAUGAACGAUUUAAAGACAGCCUUGAGAUGUUGGCAGAAGCAUCAAAUGGAACAAUGAGUGCUGUAUUGGAGGACAUCCUUCGAUUUCGCUUUGAAGACCACUUUCCAAAAGAAAUAUAUCGUGAUUGGCAAGAUGAAUGCCCUGAUUUGCACCUAAUUGGUAACCUUCCAUUUAACGUAUCCACACCCCUCAUUAUGCAGUGGCUUGAAGCAGUAUCCAACCACACUGGACCAUUCUCAUUUGGACGAACAAGAAUGUUACUAACAUUUCAAAAAGAAGUUGCAGAGCGUUUAGCAGCACCACCAGGUCAUGAACAGCGCAGUCGUCCAUCCGUCAUGGCUCAGUACUUGUGUAGUGUGAAGCAUUGCUAUGAUAUUCCAGGAGCUGCUUGUGUACCACAACCAAAAGUUGAUAUUGGAGUUGUGCAUCUAACACCCUUAAAGCAGCCGCAGAUAAAUUUACCAUUUAAGUUGGUAGAAAAAGUAGUGCGCUCAGUUUUUCACUUCAGACAAAAAUACUGCCAGAGGGGAGUUGAAAUUUUGUUUCCACAUGGCCGAGAAGACCUGUUGAAUGAGGUUUUUGAGGUAGCAGCCAUUGAUCCAACUACAAAACCAUACAAAUUGACAAUGGAUGAUUUUAAAAGCAUAUGCUGGGCUUACUACGACAUAUGUGAAAGAAUACCCGGACUGAUUGAUUACAAUUAUCGGUAACAAUGUUUACAAGACUACCAUUUCAAAUACAUGGUGCCAAGUUUAUGUUCCAACAGUUGGCCCACUAUUAAACUGAAUAAGUAGCGGCAGCAGCUAAAAAUGCAGAAUGACUGGCGUAGCAUGUACUAUACAUUCUAUUGUAAGGCUUUACCUUAACAUAGAUUCGGCCAAUGAUCGUUUUAGGAGAAAACAAAACACACAGUUAAAUUAAUAUGUAUUAUGUUCUACAUUCCAAGUUGUUGCAGAUGAAACAGAUGCCAGAACAUUUUGCUAUUGUUCAAGAAGCAAUUUGGCGCAGCGGGAAGGGCUUGGUCUCCCAACAGGGUUUCGAUCCCUCAUGUAAAUUUCGCUGGUGUCUUUGAGCAAGGCACUUUAUCUGCAUUGCCUCUCUCUACCCAGGAGUAUAAAUGGGUACCUGGUGGGGUUGCCUGCUCCUGCGCUGAUUACCAGCAGCAACAAUUAGCAUGUGGACCAAAUGAACCAGUGAAAAGAAGCGCUGCUAUAUAAAUAAUAUUCGAACUUCAUUUAGCAAGUUUAAACACUACAGUUACUAAAAUCAAUACAGUAUUUUUUAUUCAUCAUCUAAUGACUGUUUUAUACUGUAUAUUAUUGUACUAUAUUAUCUUAUUUCCUAUAUCAAUAAACAAAAGGUGGGAAAUUGUAUAUAACAAUAACAAUUGUGUCACUUAUUGCAUAAAUUAACUUCUUAUACAUCAUUAGCUUAGGAUUGCAGAAUGUAAUGAUGCAAGAAAGUUCUCAUCAUGUUAUAGUGGGCAGGGCCACCCAGCCUUGAAGUUCUCCACCCAAUCUAAAGCUAAUUUCAUGGCCCUCCACCCACCCUUAUUAACCAAUUUUUUUUAUCCUUAAAAUCUACUAUUAUUUAGAGUUUACCAAUGUUAUCACCCACCCUUAGUUUUCUACAGCUACAACCUUGGACCAGAGAACUCGUUCUAGCAACACAAAAGCUCCCUAAUAUUAUAUGUCACAACUGCAUUCGCCAAUUAACACGCUUGUUUAUGAUGAUGCUAUAAUCACCCUUGCUGUUGAGUGCGUGUACACAUGCUUUAUAUGUUCAUAGUAAAAAUAGUUUCUGAAUGUUUCCUUGUGUCCUGUCUUCAAAAAUAUCAGAUAUAUUCGCUAUUUGAUCAUAGAAUACAACAUUACAUACUGUAUUUACACAUCCUGUUAUGUAUGGUUUAAAGUACACAAAUAGUAAUACUGUACUACAUAAAAUCAAUUUUUAACUUUGAUAUAAAGAGUUGCAGUACUGUACAUCAUCUAGAAAAAAAGUAGUUUCCAUUACAAAAGUUUAAUAACCUUAAAUCACUGUCCAAGUUCUGCAACUUGCUUUCUUCAUUCAUCCUAAUGCCAGCUUUUAAUUUGUUCUUGUCAUCAUGUUGUCAAAUUCUAAUUCAAA